AUGGGGAAAAGAUCAAGAGAUGAAGCUGAUGGCGAGAGACAUGGGAUCAGAAUCCCAGGCAGUCUUUUGGAUGAGCUGAAGGGUGCGAAUGGCGGUGAAGAAGACGAUGCAAGAUUUCAAUCAGGUAUGGAUGGUAAGAAGAGGAAGACCGUGUCUAGAAAGGAAAGACGUAAGAUGGAGAGACAGUCGAAGAAAAAGAAUAGAAAUGACGUGAGAAAUGGUGGAAGACGUCAUGCUGAAGGUGGUGAUCCGAACAGUGGUGGUAAUGUUAGGGAUAAGCCUAAGAGUGCUAAAGUGUCAAAGUUGGAGAAGAAAGAAGAAGAAGACCAUGGUGACGGUGAGGAGCAGUUUAGUGAUUUUGGUGGAUUCCCAGAUGAAAGUGGUGAUGAGGAUUUACAAAGUGGUGACUCUGAUAAUUACGGAGACUUUGACGAAGAGUUGGACUCUGACCUUGAAAGCUUUGAAGAUGAGGAUGAAGAUGAGGAUCAACCGCAAACCGUGGAGGACACUAUGGCUGCGUUGAUGGCGUUGAAAAAUAAGAAGAAGAUGAAGAAGGACGAAAGCCAACCUCAAACUGCGCAGGAUACAAUGAAUGCACUGAAGCUCAUGAAGGAAAAGAAACAAAAGGCCAAAGAAUCAGAAAGUUCCAAAGAGCCUAAGAAAACGAAGUCAAAGAAGAGUGAGCAUAAAAGAGUAUUGACUCCAGAGGAGAGAAGACUUAUGAAAAGAGAUGAAGAUGAUAUGAAGUACUAUGCAAAGAAGUUAGGUCUGAAAUCUACAAAGAGCAAAGAUUUCAAGAAUAAGCAAGAUGAAGAUGGGCUGGGUGACUUGUUAGAUGGACUAGACUUCUUGGAUGCUUAUGGCGAUGGUAUCGAAGGUGAAGAAGACUAUGAAGAAGACUAUGAAGAAGAUCUAGAUGGUGACAAGGAAUUUGACGAAGACGACAACGAUGAAGAAGAAGAUGGUGAUGAGGAAGAAGCAGAUGAUGAUGAAGAGGAAGAGGAGAUCGUUGAAAAUCCAUUUUCAUCCGAUGAUGAAAUCAACUCUUCAGAUUUUGAUUCAGAUAUCGAUCCUGAAGCUUCAGAUGACGAAGAAGGUGGUGAUGUGAUCAUGGCAAAGCCAAAGGAAAACCCCUAUGCACCUGCUGUAUCAUCAUCUACACAGACAAAGACUAAAUAUAUCCCACCAGCACUGCGCGCUAAGAUGAACACUUCUGACAAUUCAGAACAAAUGGUGAAGAUUAAACGUUCUAUAAAAGGUCCACUGAACAGACUGUCAGAGGCUAACGUCAUGACAAUUGUUAACGAUAUCCUUGCAGUUUAUUUGGAAAAUCCCAGACAACUGGUCACUGAAUGCUUGACCACUGUUGUGCUGGAAAGUGUUGUCCAACAGACCGUGCUCUUGGACACCUUUGUCACAUUGCAUGCAGCGUUGAUGAGCGCCAUUUAUAGAUCUCAAGGUGUUGAAGCUGGUGCAUACUUCAUCCAAACUUUGGUUGAGAAAUACGAUGAAUACUACAAAGCCAAUGAAACAAAGAAAGCCAGCAAUUUAGUCACUUUACUUACUGCAUGCUACUCAUUCCAAAUUGUGAGUUGCAAGUUACUUUACAGUUUAAUCUCAGAAUUAAUCCAAGAGGUAAGUGAGAUCAACUCAGAACUUCUGUUGAGAAUCAUCCGUAACGCUGGUCAACAGAUGCGUUCUGACGAUCCAAAUGCACUAAAGGAGAUUAUCGUACAGUUCCAAAAGAAUAUACAGGUAAAGGAGACCAACGCAAGAACAAAGUUCCUCAUUGAAAGUAUCACCAAUCUGAAGAACAACAGAUUGAAGACGGUCAAUGAAAACACUGCCCAGCUAAUCACGAGAAUGCGUAAAUUGCUAGCUAAUGUGACGAAGAAACCCAAUGAGCCUCUACAAGUGACGUUGGAAGACAUUCAUUCUGUCAAUACAAAAGGUAAGUGGUGGCUUGUUGGUUCUGCAUGGAAGGGUAAUGAUUUACAGCAUCAUCAAGAGGUUGAAGUUAACGAAGAAGAACUGAACAACGUGCUGGACAGUGCAGAACCAAACUGGGUGGAAUUGGCCAAGGCGCAGCGUAUGAACACUGAUAUAAGAAGGGCCAUCUUCAUUAGUAUAAUGUCAUCUGAAGACUACAUCGAUGCCUUUACAAAAUUGGACAAGUUGAGGCUGAAGAGAUCACAGGAGCGUGAAAUCCCAAAGAUUUUGUUACACUGUGUUUCCAUCGAGAAAGUGUACAAUCCUUACUAUGGGUUACUAGCCAACAAGCUAUGCUCAAACCAUGGAACCAGAAAGACCUUCCAGUUUGGCUUCUGGGAUCUUUUGCAUGAGUUGGAAGGAGAGGAUGAGGAUGAUGCAGAUGGAGAUGUAGACUAUUUCAAACGAUUGAGUAAAGACAUUGGUGCAGAGGAUGAUGACUUCACCAUGCAAAGGCUAGUGAACCAGGGUAAAUUCUAUGGUGCAUUAAUGGCAGAGGGGACAUUACCCCUACACUCUUUGAAGAAUGUCAAUUUCCUUGCUUUGAACCCCAAUCUGAGUCUCUUUCUCGAAAUACUGAUGAUCUCUUUCCUGGACAACGUGGGGAAGAAGAGCGAGGUGUCCACGUUUGGCAAUGGAACCAAGAAGUCAAGAGCACAGGAUCUACAGUUCAACGACACGCUGCUUGUUGAAAGACUAGGAAAAUGCCAGAGUCAAACUGUUCUUCUGAGAGGCCUACAGUACUUUCUACAGGAAAAAGUGCGUGGUAGCGAUAUCAUUAGCGGGCGGAAGCAAAAGAGACGCGUCGACUGGGGUGUCGAUUGUAUCUGUGAUGUAUGUGAUGAGCUGUUGAAACAAGCUGAUUGAGUUGAGGGUACUAAGAACAGAGAGGGUGUUUUAAUUAGGAUAAAGUAUUGUAUCUCUAGGCUGGUUUGUGUAGACUUUGGUGAAUGUGCUUCCCGCCUAGUCCGCCUAGUCCGCCUAGUCCGCUGAGUCCGCCUAGCCCACGCAAAACCCCACGGAAGACUCACGAAGAGCACACGCAUACAAGGGAACCUACUGAAAAUUCGUGGGGUGGACAGGCACCCCCCCCCCUCUUCUAAAAAAACAGAGAAAAC